UCUCCUUCCCCAAAUCCCUUUCCACCAUUCGCCCCCAACAGCCUCCACCAAUGGCGGCCCUCGUCGGCGGCGGUGGCUCCGCGGCCUACUGGCUGGCCGAGCACCCGGCGAUCGUGGGCUUCCGGUGGAGCCCCACGGGCCUCUGGUUCUCUACCUGGCCCUUCCUCCUCGCCUUCCUCGCCUCCUACGUCUCCCUCUCCCUCUCCCUCGACGCCCUCCUCCGCCUCCGCCGCCGCCGCCGCGAUCCCCUCCCCCUCGGCCCGCUCCCCUCCGCUCACGCCCUCCUCACCGCCGCCGUCUCCUCCCUCAUCUUCACCGGCACCCUCCUCUCCGCCGCCGCCGAGAUUCGCGACACCCGCUGGUCAUGGCGCGGCCGCUCGCCCAGCACGCCCCUCCGCUGGCUCCUCUGUUUUCCCCCGGGAACCCGCUCCUCCGGCCGCGUCUUCUUCUGGUCCUACGCCUACUACCUCUCCCGCUACCUCCACGCCGCCAGGGGCCUCUUCGCCGUGCUCCGCCGCCGCCGGGGCGCCGCCGCCAGGGUCUUCGCCCACGCCGCUUCCGUCGCCAUGGCCUUCCUCUGGCUCGAGUUCUCCCAGUCCUUCCAGGUGCUCGCCAUCCUGGCCUCCACGCUGGCGCACGCCGUCGCCUUCGGCUCACGCCCCAUGGGCGCCGCCGCCGCGCCGCGCGUCGCGCUCGCCUGCCAGGUGGCCCUGCUGGGGUGCAACCUCGUGUGCCACGCCGGCGUCGUCUGGAUGCACUUCGGCGGCGCCGUCGCCGGCGGGUGCAGCGGCAUCGGCGCCUGGGUCUUCAACACCGUGCUCAACGCCGCCUUGCUCUGGGUCUUUUUGCAUUGCUACGGCAAGCGCGGCGUCUGCGACGACGACGGCGGCGGCAACAAGGAGCUUUGAUUUGAUUUGAUUUGAUUUCACGGAGGCGGCGGGCGGCGGAUUCGGCCGGAGCUGAGAGAGGUGACCCCUGACCACCCAUCCCCAAUGAAAAAAAGAAAGAAAAAGAAAACAUCUUGUAAUAUAUACUCCACAUAUAGUAUUAUAUAUGAAUUUUGUACAUAUAGGCUCAUGGAAUUGGCAUGGUCUCAUCAUCUAUCCUCCCAAUGAAUGAAAUGAGGAGGAGAUCACAAUUUUAUAUUUACAGAAAUUGCUCGAUUGAUCGAUGUGCUUAGACUGUAUCUUCUUGUGCAAUUGCCAUACAAUUCUUCUUUUGGGGAUGGCUUCUGCAGAAAAAGCUUGAUCUUUUACGGGUGCCAUCUGAGAUGGAUUCAGAAGAAGCUUGAUGGGCAUCACCAUCAUGCGAUUAGUAUUCUCUGUCAGUUACAACCAUCUUGACACAGAACCCAACUGGUGGUGUACCUAAUGAUAGAUGAUAAACAGAGACGUGCGAGCGCACAAUUCAGCUUGUUUAUGGACACCUCCUGAUGUCCUGAAUCUGCAACAGCCUUGCACCCAUGCCAUACCGUUUCUUCUUGUCUCGGCUCCGGCUAACUGUCUCUUCCGCCGUGUGCCAACUCUGAGAAGAAGAGUACUACUCGAGUAGCAUACCUUGUUGUUGUUUUUGUCUUGUUUCGACUAGUUGUGCAGUGCAGUGCCGGGUGCAGACAGAAGCAUAACAAAAAACGGCCGUGUUGUGCAGUUGUUAGCACGAAAGAAGCCAAUGAAUAGUGCAGUGUUUGUGUGUGCACUGGGAGAAGACAACGAGGCAUGGGGAAUUGGGGACAGGGAUGGAGAAGUGCAGUGCACAAAAGCCAUGGAGGGAGGAAUCUGCCUGCCUGCCUGCCUGCCUUGGUUUCUGGUUAAGCUCUCUCAAGCUCCAGUGUCCAAGGACACUCACAUGCUGCCCCUCUCUGCAUCAGAUUAUCAGAAAUUGCUUGCUGCAUGUGAUCGUGAAACACCAGAAGCCAAAGCCAAAACCAAGACCAAAACGGGAGGUGGUGUCCAUGCUCUCUGCAUCUGUUAAUUUUCUCUCUCUGCAGAGAGUAGAAGCAGGAAAGGAGUUUCCAUGGACAUUUUCCUUGUUUUCCGGUUCUGUAAAGCUUGGAUACAUCAACUUUCUAUGUUCAUUCU